AUCAGCUAACCGCUUUCGGAACGCGAUCUGUGAUACUACAGCAUAUUUUUGAAACCAUUUAUAUGCUUUCUUGUAAAUUACUUUUUUUUCUAAGCACAUAUGAAAACCUUGACGGAUGCCACUUGUAUUCGAGUGUUGACUAGUAGGAAGUUACUUAUUGGAAUAGGUAACACGUUGGUUCUAUAUUACGGAGAUGCUGAUGGGAUUACGCGAACAAAAUUGGCACCUUUGCCCCGCUUCAAGUCGAAGAUUCAUGGAAUUGAUUUUUGUGCCACCGAAUCAUCUUGGUUGAUUGCAUUGCAUGCCGGACGAGAAGCUUUUUCGGUUUCAUUGAAUCAAAAUAAUGAAUUUUAUGAUUUGACACCUAUAAAACUGUACAAUUCGUCACAUAAAGUAUUGUACUACCCAGAGGACCGCGUUAUGUUGCUUCAUUCGGCUAAUCGAUUUAUUGACUGGAUAAGUUUGUUGAAACUGUUUGAUCGACGGACGGUAUGUGUUAUAACUGGACAUGGUGUGGCUAUUUUAAUCAAUCGGGACUAUAGUGGUAUGUGGUCCCCGGUAGAUUACUGUCCCUGUGAGGAUAGUUCUACUCUGUACUGUUCGCAGAUUGUUGGCAGCAGUUGGUCGAAUUCGCUGAUCUUCAGUGGAACCGCUCUUGGGCUGUUGGUUAUUUGGCGUCCAUCUGGUGCUCGAAAGGGCGAGGUGCUAAGUAGCUCUCGUGCUCAUAAUGGUGUGAUCUUUUCAAUCGAAUGUGAUCUAGAUAUCGGGUUUCUUACCACAACUUCUGACGAUAGAUCCGUAAAAUUCUGGACCAUUCAAUUGCUGCCGAAUGAUGGCAAUGUGAUGCUGAAGGAAAACGGUUACUGUUUUGGGCACACCGCAAGAGCGUUCCAGUGUCGAAUAAUUCGUGAUGUGAACUCUAGCAUGGUGGCAUCAAUCGGAGAGGAUUCAACAUUGUGCCUUUGGGAUAGUGCAGGUAACUUACUAGUCAAAAAGAUGCUGGAAAACGGAGCAACUCUGUGGAAUUUGGAUUAUUGCGCUGAACGGAAGAUAAUAUAUGUUUGCGCCAGUAACGGCAAUGUUUCUCAACUCGAUAUGAAAGAACAUUUGCUGAGUUGUCAACGAGAGGAAAAAAUUCAUCACAUUGCAGUGGAUACUGGCGGGGAGCGUUUGGCGAAGGUAAAAUUUUUGUCAAAUGGUUCUUUGCUAGGUGUCACAGAUCACAACAAAGUGGUAUUGCUGGUAGAUGGCUCACCAUGUCAAGUUGUUGAUCAGAUAUCCGACUUCAAAUGUAGUAUUCUUGAUACCUUGAACGAGUUGGUUUUCGUUGCCGGUAAUCGGCAUCUCAAUAUCUACAAAGUAAACGGAGCUAGUAUUGAGCUAGCUAGAAGUGUUAUCGUAAAUUUUGAUCGGAAUGAAUUUCUGCCAGAACGUGAACCAAUUACGUUCAGUAUUAUUAGAUCACUGCAUUUCUGUUGGAACAAGAAUGUCGUACUUUGUGACAACAAUGGCCGGUGUUUGGUAUACAACCGAGAGGCUGAUGAACUUCAAUCGUGCCAUCGGGUACCGAAAACGAGCGAACGGUGGCUGACUUGCGCUUUUGGGAUCGAAGAAUAUCUGCUGCUGGCGGAUCGAGCUGGUAAUCUGUUCCUAUAUAGGGGGAAAAACGUAGAUCCUCUGUACAAAUUACCGCAUCUUCACGGACACUUUGGGAUUACCGGUAUCAGACUGGAAGAAUCGACUGCGGAUGGUUAUUUUCUGCUGACUUCCGGUCACGAUGGUCACGUGAGGUCAAUAUUGGUAGAGCCUAAUGAAUGCACUCUCAAAGUGUACGGUUGCGAAAAAAUACCGAUCAGUUGGAUCGACCGAACGAGUCAGUGUUUAAACGGCCUGUGCUUUAUGGGCUUCAACAGUUCUCGGUUCGUUCUGUGUGACGGACAUGAUCAUGCAGUGUUGUUCCAAGCAGACUGCGGAGGCGGACACCGUUAUUGGGAUUGUUACCUUUCGAAUGAUGGCACCGGCAGCUUUGUGUUCAUCCAGCACAAACAGUUGACAGAAAUUCGCUUUCAAUUGCCCGAACCGAAAAGCAAUUCGCUGCAGGUGCAGCGUCUAAAUUGGCACACGAAGAUCUGUAAUGUGGUGCGGGUAGUGCGAACGGAACACACGACACUGUUUGUUUCCGGUGGUGAAGACAACAUUCUACGAAUCAAUACGCUUUGCCGCGAAACGGGAAAUUUGUUGAACCAUUCCCGAAACCAUCUGACCAGUCACAUUUCAAGCAUCAAAACAAUUUGCUGUAGUUGGAAACUCGCAGUACCCGAAGGGAAAAUCCUUAUCAUUUCGGCCGGGGGUCGAGCCCAGCUGUGUCUGACGACGUUGGAUACGGUCACGUUACGAACCAAAGACGAACUGUCGUACAUGUUGCUGGCCAGUGAUUCGGAGCGUUCGCGAUGGAAACCCAAUCCAAUAGCUAGUGACGAACCGGAAACACGCUUCAUGUGUAUGACCCUGGUGGAGUCCACUGCCUCGUUGUACGUUGGCUGUUCCGAUGGGGCCUUACGUCAGUUUAGUCUAUCUGCAAGCAACGGGUGUUAUCAGUUGGAGCUGAAAGAGGAAAUCUACUAUGGAAAAUGUUUCCUACAUAUAACGCACCUCACCGUCAAGGACAUACCGUUGAUUGUUACGAUGACAACGGAUGGUUUCGUCAGUUUCUGGGAUACGCGGAACAUCAGCAAACCGUUUGAUAAGGUACGGUACCAAUCAAGUGGUAUCAAUGCGUUCGACGUUCGCUCGCUGAAAGACGAUGGACGCUUUCUCAUCGCCACGGGAGGAGACGACCAGGAUGUCAAUGUUUGUAAGGUCCAAAUUGUACCCACUAAGAGGAAUGGAUUCGUACUUCAGUCUUCUUACAUCAAGCAACAAUGUGCUCACUUAGGACAAGUGACUGGGCUUCGUUUCAUGGACGAGAACACACUGUGGAGUGUGGGCACAGAUCAAGUGAUAAUUUUGUGGCAUUUAUCAUCGAAGAGCAUUUCGGCCGGAAAAAGUUUACAAAGCUGUGUAGCCGAUAUCAAAGGACUUGAUUUAGUUCCGGAAACUAAUGAAAUAUUUGUGUAUGGUUGUGGUUUCGAGUUUAUUCCAGUUGAUUCAUGAAAUGAUUUUUUUCAUUUGUCUUAUGUUCAGUUGAAUUGUCUCUGUAAAAGUAUGAUUGUUUAUUUAAUUUGGUAGUAAAUAUACAACGGAAAAUUCUAGCGGGUUCUCUAACAGGCAUCACGUUGGUUUUUCUCUCUUCCGACAUUCUUGCUACAUGUCCAGCCCGCAGUGGAUUGUCGCUUCUGGCAGCAGAUAAUAUAAAUUAUAAACAACUUAUAUACAGCAAAUGUGUGUCUGCAAGCUACAUGAUUUCAGCUGGUUACGAAAUCCGUAGAAAACCUUGUUAAUGACUGUUCCGUGUAAUAUGUGGUCCAUUCUUUUUAGUUACUGUUGCGCCUCCAGUUAUCAUAACAAGAAACUAUUGAUAGCAUUUUGAAGCUGACGGCGUUUUUUCAAUGGCGCAAACUUCGUUAGAAUUCAUGCACACAGUCACAAUUUCUUCACCUUUAAUCCGUAUUUCGAUCGAAUCGGAUUAUUCUGACCGAAUGUUAGGAUUCGCAUUCUAUAUUUGGAUCGAGUGAUGUUUUGUAUAGAAAACUCGAAUUCGAUCU